AUGACCAAUGACAUGUUUCAUGAUCAGUAUGUGGCCUGUACUGAAGAAAUGAAGGAAAAGUCACCCCAGCUGCUAAAAGAGGAACCGAAAGCAAAUGAACAAAUGAAGCCUGAUUUUCCCGGAACAGCUCAAGUGGCCUACACUGGGAGUCCUGCAACAGAAUUAGCAGAGCUGGUAAGAGAAUUCCAUCAAAAUUCACGUGGCUGUCAGUUCAAAGCCUUCCAUUAUUAUCUGACAAGAGCUCUUCAGCUUUGCACUACAGGGAGCUGUUACACUGUUUGUAGAGGUUCUUGCCCCAAAUUUUAUUACAGUGGGGAAAAAAAUGUCCAAUUUGGGCAAUUUGUUUUAUCAUCUUUGUUUCAAAAUGUAGCUGUUUCUUCAACAUUUCUUGUGGGGGUGGACGCUGUUGUCAUUACAUCCUUUGGGGUUCAUAUUAAAGCAUUCUCUAUCCAUCCUUAUGAAGAUGAAGUGCUGAUUACAGGGUACGAGGUUUACCAGAAAGUCACC